AGCUAUCUAAGAUCAACCGGGCUUCUAGCUGGGCAGCAGUAAACUGCUAGUCGUCUUCUCCACUCAUCUCCUAAAGCCGUGAAAAACAUUGCAGUAUAUAUGCCAUCAAUUUCCCAAACACAACUAUAACAACUCUUUCCAAGAGUCUGAAUCUUGUGAGCAUUUCAUGAUCUGAUUAUUUCGAAGACCGGGAAUUCUCUCUUCAUUAACCAACCAACUAUUUCAUCAACUUUCUUUGGUGAGUUCUUCUAUCACUCUCUAUUCGUGCUUGUUUUCCAAAAGCGUUCUGACUUGCGCUACCCUAUUGACUUCUCUACUCGAAUGUGUUCAUGGUUUUGUGUGAUUUCCCUUUCCCAAGCUAUAAAAUUUAUCCGUUGAUCAAUUGAAAUUGGGCUUUCCUUUCUGUGUGUGUGUAAAACAGUGCCUGGUUUCAGCAAUUGAAUUAUAACAUAUGAUCCCAUUGCUUAAUAUCUUUAAAUUCUCAUAUGGGUGUGUUUAAAUUGAUUAAAGGAUAGCUGUCUAUCCGAAUCUGUUUCUGGUCAUAUUCAUGAUUCCAUUGCUUUACCUUUUUCUGUCCAAAUCCCUAUCUGGGUGUGCUUGAUUUCCAUAAGUAUCACUGCUUAUAAGCUGGAUUUUCUUUAUAAUGAACAUGCAUGCAAAUAGUCCCAAAUCUUUCAAUGCGUAUCCAAGAGGUGAAUUCGAUUUAGAAUCAGGAACCAUCAAAAGGCUCCGAAAGUCAAAAAACUCCUCCUUUCUCCCCUUCAAAAUGCUCAAAUCUCUGGCUAACCGGCUUCACUAUUAUUACAAGCUGCACCCAUUUCUUGUGUUCAUCAUUUCAUUGUCUUUGGGGAUCACUAUUCUCGUUGUUUUGUCUCUAUAUGAGAGCCGGUAUCGAACGAUGAAUAGUUACAGGAAAUUGGAUAUGAGUUCGAAUGUUUAUCCUUUUGCUAAGCUUAAAAAUCUUGUAACGGUGGCUGGGCAUUCGGUUUAUACCAGUAGUAGUUGUGAGAGAGUUGAUAAGGAGGAUUCUUGGUUUUUAGAGUCUUAUCAGAGAAAUCCAGGUCAGGCUGCUACUUUUGUGACUCAUAUACAAGAGGGAGUUGAAAUUACAGCAAAGGAUGAUAGGGCUUUGCUCUUGUUUAGUGGCGGUGAGACUCGAAAAGAUGCUGGUCCACGUAGUGAAGCACAGAGCUAUUGGACUGUUGCUGAAUCAAAAGGAUGGUUUGGAAAUGAAGAAGGUGUGAGAUGGAGGGCAUUGACAGAAGAACAUGCAAGAGACAGCUUUGAGAAUCUUCUCUUUAGUGUUUGCCGGUUCCGAGAGCUUACUGGCACAUAUCCUGAAAACAUAACAGUUGUAAGUUAUAACUUCAAGAAAGAAAGAUUUUCACACUUGCAUCGCUCUGCAAUUGGUUUUCCGGAUUCAAGAUUCUUUUACUACGGCACUCCAACAACAUCAACUUCCAAAGAAGCAGCUUUGAAAGGUGAGGCACUGGUAAGGGCUCAAUUUCAAGAAGAUCCAUAUGGGUGUACAGGUACGCUUCGGCGUAAAAAACUUGGGCGUGAUCCCUUUCAUCGGUCAAUCCCUUAUCCUAAUGGCUGCCCUGAAAUUGAAGGUUUAUUCAGAUAUUGUGGUGCUGGUCCUUACCCAGGUUCUCUUCCGUGGACUAAGUAGUAUUAACCAUUAUACGUGUCUUGAUCAAUAGCAUAGAUAUAAGAUCAAUCGGCUAGAAAUCUUACAGAGCCAAAGCUUGAAUGCUUUUAAUUUUCCUCUUGAGGGCAACAAAUUAUAGAAAGAUAUUUUCUUUACGUUUACUGUGAAAUUUGAUAUCAAGAUCAAGGCAAUCAUUACAGUAACAUGCCUGAAAUUUCUUUGGCUUUGCCUUCAAGGCAUUCUUCUUUACAUUUCAUGGUGUAAGAUUUUAAAGCUGUUCUUGAAGCGUUCCUCAAGAUUAGACAUCGCAUAGGUAUGCACAGUUGCAAACACAACAAUUGAAAAAUAGAAAAGAUGUGAUGGGCAGAUAUGAUUUUA